GGCAGGCUCCGGGAGCGUCCGGAAGGCGUCAGAACCCUGUGGCUGGCAGCUGUCGGCGGCUGGCGGUGAGGUUGGCGGUAAGGCCGCCUCUGCGGAGCUCUCUGACGCUCCCUCUGCCCAGGGCCACCGUCUCUCCGUCUGGCUCUCUUCCCCCGUCCAGAUCCAGCCUCCUGGAGGAACCAUGUCUCCAGCUUUGGUUGCUACCUGGUGUGCUGGGCACACAUUGCUGCCCAAGAGGAGCUGCUGUUUGAAUUCUCUGUGAAUGUUGGGAACAGGAAUGCCCGAGCUGCCGGCUGAAAAAGUGUCUAAUCAAGAGAAAUAUGUAGGCUGGGGACACUGAACCUCCUUUGUUGGAAUUCCAGCCCAGAAUCCUAUCUACUAAGGUCUAAAGUAACCAGUUCUGGUAUCUUAACAUAGGCGUAUGUGUUAACUCUGGUCCUGGCGGGUGAUCCCUGCUAGUUGUUCCUGCUGUCUUGGAGGGGAUGCUUGUUAGGACAGGAUGCCUGAUCCUGGGUUCAGAACUCUUCACUCCCUCUAGGAGAUGCUUGUUUGGAUGGCAUCGUCAGAUUCUUUGGGUAUAUUCUGUAUCAGUAUCUAUGUGAACAUUUAAGGAAGUGAAAGGAUGAUUUCUUGCUGAAGGGAAGGAAGGUGGAUGCAUUUUCUUCCUUUAUUUUGGACUUGCAGGUAGGACAUACUCCAAAGGCAGACCCCAUAGAUUGAAAAACUUCAUGAAAGAGGGAGCUCAGGACUUUCUGGGAGGCUCCCUGAGAAGCAGUAGGGCUUUGUGGUGUAUGCUUCAGAACGGAUGAGUUCUGUUUUGGGAGUUCAGUUUGGGAGUUGAUGUCUGAGUAUAUGGGCAAUGGAAUAAAUUCCUCAGUAGCAGAUAGUCAACUCUUUCUGUUUCUUUCUAGUCCCCAGGAUGGAUUUUCUGGUUCUUUUCUUAUUCUACCUGGCUUUGGUGGCGAUUGGUGGUGUUACUAUCUGCAUCUGCUCGAAAACCCAUCGCUUGAAAGGCCUGGUCAGGGAAGGAGCACAGGUAUUUUCCUGUAUAAUUCCAGAAUGUCUGCAGAGAGCCAUGCAGAGAUUGCUUCAUUACCUCUUCCAUACAAGAAACCACAUCUUCAUUAUCCUGCACCUGAUCUUGGAAGGGAUGGUUUAUAGUGAAUACACCUGGGAAAUACUUGGCUUUUGUCAAGAGCUGGAGUUCUCCUUGUAUUACCUUCUUCUUCCUUAUUUGCUGCUGAUUGUAAACUUGUUUUUUUUCACUCUAACUUGCAUAACCAAUCCUGCCAUUAUAACAAAAUCAAAUGAACUAUUAUUUCUUCAAGUUUAUGAAUUUGAUGAAGUAAUGUUUCCAAAGAACAUGAAGUGCUCUACUUGUGAUUUAAGGAAACCAGCUCGAUCUAAGCACUGCAGUGUGUGUAACUGGUGUGUGCACCGUUUUGACCAUCACUGUGUUUGGGUGAAUAACUGCAUUGGGGCUUGGAAUAUCCGGUACUUCCUCAUCUACCUGUUGACACUGACAGCCUCGGCUGUCACCCUGACCAUUGUGUGCACAGCGUUUCUGGUCCACUUGGUGGUGGUGUCAGAUCUAUAUCAGGAGACCUACAUUGAUGAUCUUGGACACUUUCAGGUUAUGGAUACAGUAUUUCUCAUUCAGUACCUGUUCGUGACCUUUCCAAGGAUUGUCUUCAUGCUGGGGUUUGUCCUGGUCCUGAGCAUCCUCCUGGGUGGCUACCUGUGCUUUGCUCUAUACCUGGCUGCCACCAACCAGACUACCAAUGAGUGGUUCAGAGGUGCCUGGGACUGGUGCCAGCAUUGUCCCUUUGUGGCUGGGGCCCCAUCAGCUAAGCACCAAGUCUACCAGAACAUUCACUCCCGUGGGCUUUGGAGCAACUUUCAAGAGAUCUUUCUACCUGCCUUUCUACAUUAUGAGACAAAGAAAAAAUAAGAGUGGAAAGAAUGUUUCUGCCUUUUAAAUGUAGUAUACAUUUAUUUAUACAUUUGGAUACUUACUUUCUAAGCA